UGAUUGCCUACUUCUUUUCUCGAUUAGAUAACUAACACAACUCGGCGCUGUCGUUUUCGCUUUGUGGGCCCCAUGGCGGCAAUACAUGAACUAUUGUUAAGCAAGCGACCACUCAAACCUAGUAUGUUAAACCUUCACUAUACCUUGAGAAAUAUCAAUCAAUAUCAUAAAAACAGAAUAUAACAUACAGGUGUCUGUUUCCAGCCGCGUAGAAAAAUAUAUACCACGAAUACCAGAGGGGAAAAGCUGGUAUCAUUAUAUCAUGAUAGCCAAGUCCUUGGCUGGUACAAUGCGUGGCUCAAAUCACGGUUCCAGCAACUACCCAGCAUAAUGUUUGAUAUCUCUCCUCCCACAAAUAGUGACAAGAAAAGGGUCCAUCGCGAUGAAUUUUGGCAAUCGUUUCUGUCGGCAUUUCUCAAGAUUGAGGAGUGCAUGAUAUCAAACAUUACUAUCACCAUCGAUCAGAUGAUAACACAGUUGUAUGAUGAAGGUAUAUUGGUUCUUCCAGCAAAUGAUACUGUCACCAAUUGUGAGCAUCACUAUGAAUGUGCUCGGUAUCUUGUCUUCUGUGCUCUGGCCUGGCAGACGAUGCUUUACACUCCAGCACUUGGCAUUCCUAAAAACAUGCACGGAUCAUUGAUGCUCGCCAUUGACGAAGACAACGGUUGCUGCGAAUACAGACAUAUGUCGAUACAACAGGCUAGCCAUGUUUGUUCAAGCAAGUCAAUCAGCGAGUUUUUAAUGGGAUUUGGCGUCCUCCUUCCCUCGAAGAAUAUGUGUCUGAACGACGGCCUAAAUGUACAACGUCAAUUCCAUGAAAAGACAGAUAUCUCCACAGGAAAGUUCAAUGUUUACCUACUCAGUGCGGUAGCGGGGCUGCGGAUCAAGUGGGUGGACGCGCUUGUAUGCCAUUUAGAAUUCAUUUCGAAAACUAGGGAGAUCUCACUUUUCCGAUUUCCUUCGUUCUGCGAGUCACUCCUUACGCACUAUGUGCAUGAUGGCGAUCGGGCCCCGAUUCAUGCGUGCCCUACAACAAGCAAUCUGCGUUGUCAGUGGGCAACAGAGAGUGAAAUCAACCAACUACUUGGUGAAGUCCUUCUUUCCUGCCGGCUACUUUUCGGUCAGACCAGGAAGUCUCGAAAUGCUUUCCACUCAAUCAAUUCAUAUUCAAAGAAGACUUCCUCAAGGGAUAAAAUUAGGGAUCCUCUGUUGCUGGCGCUAUGUACCACCAAUACGUGCCUGGGUAUCUACCCUGGUCCUUCAGAUAAGGAAGCAUACUCUCUUCUUCGCGACUUUUCUUUUAUCCGGUAUCGCUUAGCAAUUUUGCAAGGACAUCUUUCGAACACAACAUCUCGCACAUGGGUUCAGUUAUGGCGAGAUAACAGACUCAGCAAACUGGUUGACGUUUUGGGCAGUGAUUCUAUUUGGGGCGUUUAGGUCCCUCAUGGCUCUCUUGCAGGUUGUUUGCAACUGGUACAGUUGAUCAAGCAGCAAUGGCAACGUAAAGAGGAUGUUAUAGGAUAGUAUUCACGGUCGUCACAUGUAUAGCCAAAAAGAACGCUUAACAGCUAUAUACUUUUCAAGUCAAUUUCUCGCUCAAACCAGCUUUGAAUAAC